UCUGUUUACAUGAUGAUUGAAGAUAACAAAGAGAAUGAAGACCAUGCAUCUGAAAGAGGAAGGACAGCCGUCAUUUUUUCCUUGAAGAAUGAAGUUGGAGGACUUGUAAAAGCAUUAAAACUCUUUCAGGAGAAGCAUGUAAAUCUGGUACAUAUUGAGUCACGGAAGUCCAAGAGACGAAAUUCUGAGUUUGAGAUCUUCGUGGACUGUGACAGUAACAGAGAACAACUGCAUGAGAUCUUCCAGCUCCUGAAAUCCCAUGUCAAUGUUCUGUCUGUGAGUCCAACAGAGCAUUUCAAUGUCCAGGAAGAUGACAUGGAGAAUGUUCCCUGGUUUCCGAAGAAGAUCUCAGAUUUGGAUAAAUGUGCAAACCGGGUGCUGAUGUACGGGUCUGACUUGGAUGCCGACCAUCCCGGUUUCAAAGACAAUGUCUACCGCAAGAGGAGAAAGUAUUUUGCAGACCUGGCUAUGAACUACAAACAUGGUGACCCAAUUCCCAAGAUUGAAUUCACUGAGGAGGAGAUCAAGACUUGGGGAACUGUGUACCGAGAGCUUAAUAAUCUUUACCCAACUUACGCCUGUAGAGAGUACCUUAAAAACCUACCCUUGCUCACCAAACACUGUGGGUACAGGGAAGACAAUAUCCCCCAGCUGGAGGAUGUGUCCCGCUUUCUGAAAGAGCGCACAGGCUUCACCAUUCGCCCUGUUGCUGGAUAUCUGUCUCCCAGAGAUUUCUUGGCAGGAUUAGCAUUCAGAGUUUUUCACUGCACUCAAUAUGUCAGACACAGCUCGGACCCUCUCUAUACACCAGAGCCUGAUACCUGCCAUGAGCUCCUAGGCCAUGUCCCUCUUUUGGCUGAACCCAGUUUUGCUCAGUUCUCCCAGGAAAUUGGUCUUGCAUCACUUGGGGCAUCAGAUGAGGCUGUCCAAAAACUGGCAACGUGCUACUUCUUCACGGUAGAGUUUGGCUUGUGCAAGCAAGAGGGACAGCUGCGAGUUUAUGGAGCUGGCUUGCUCUCUUCGAUUAGUGAGCUCAAGCACUCACUCUCUGACAGUGCCAAAGUCAAGCCCUUUGAUCCGAAGGUCACCUGCAAGCAAGACUGUCUCAUUACAACUUUCCAGGAGGUUUACUUUGUUUCUGAAAGUUUUGAAGAAGCAAAGGAAAAGAUGAGAGAGUUUGCAAAAACCAUCAAGCGCCCCUUUGGGGUGAAGUACAAUCCCUACACUCAGAGUGUGCAGAUCCUGAAAGACACAAAAAGCAUUGCCAGCGUGGUGAAUGAGCUGCGCCAUGAGCUGGACAUUGUCAGCGAUGCCCUCAGCAAGAUGGGAAAGCAGCUGGAAGUUUAACACCCUGUCAGCACUGUGGUGCAAGCCAAUUCUUCCCUUCUCCCCACUGAUUUCUUUCUAGGCAUAUAGUGUGUUGCAUGCAGAACUCCUUUACACAUGGAAGAGUGAAUGGCCCUUAAGAAAGACUAUAACAAUUUUGUCUUGUUGCUCUCUGUAAAUUUCCUCACAUAAAUGCGUUCCUCCACCCCCCUUAGGUAAAAAAAGGUCCAGAGUUUCCUUUUAGAAGCUUGUAGGGGAGCAGAGCAAUUGUUAGACUGGAGAAAAAGUGUGGUCUGUGGAUCAGGGCUGGGAUCAGAUGCUGCAGGAGGUGGCUUAUGAGACAAAAAUGAUGCAAUUCACCCUAGGGAGAAUUAAAUUUCUGACUUCAGCAGUCUAUGCUACUGAUUGUAUGGGGCUGAAGACUUGACAGUGUAGAAGCUGUGGUAAUUCAGUGUUUCAAAGUCUGUGCUACUAAGUUUGAAACUUGAAUGAUUACAAUGCAGGCACCAGGACACAAAUAGCUGGAGGUUCAACAUGGUAAAAGGGAGCGGUCAAAUCUUGCUUUCAAAGGGAUUAUUCUUGCCACAAAGAGUUGCAAAUGUGCUGUUUGGCCUGCUUCUAGUAUAAGGCAGAGAUACAGCUGUUGCAUGAAAACCUAACUACAUUUAUUUUAAGCAAUUUGCUAUUGGCUAAGAGUCAGGAUUUUUGUUGCUGUCCUUGAUAUUGCACCUGAGGGAAGACCUUUCCUUAGAGAGGUACCAUUUGCCUUUUUCCUGAUCGAAUUAAUUUAGCAAAAAAUACAGAAAGCAAUGAAAAUACAAUACAGCAUUGACUUAGCAUAAAGCCUAAAAUCAUUUCCAAACUGCAACUUCAUAUUCAAAAUAACUUAAUUGGCUCUAAAAGAACAUCAAAGUUUUAAAUAACACGUAAAGGUCAUAGACCAGUGUGCUUUAUGUAAAAAUAAAUGUCCUGUUGAUUGCUGAGCCACUUUUUUGGCCUGCACAAGCUGCACAAAUAUACAUUUAGUUUCUUCUUUACCUGGCCACCUUCAUUUCCUAUCAAUCAAACUACAACUGAAAGGCCCAAGCAUUUCAGGGGAAUUUUGUGGUUAUGAAGGCAACAAAUUCCCUUGUAGUGUAAAGCAUGCCUGACUCCAAAGAGCGCUUUAGAAGUGUUGGGAAGCAGUGUACUGCUGAAUUGUCUGCAUUGCCUGCGUUGAGGGUCCCACUGUUCCAAGCAUCCUGCAGAGCUGUGCAAAGCUUCUGCUGCCCCUGUCCUGGCCUGGACAUGUGUGCAGGUUGUGAGACAUUUGAGGGGGGGAUCUGUGAUGUCCAGGGUGUAUUUAGCAGCACCCUAGGCACUGGGUUUUUUCAUGAGUAGAUCUUAUGAGGAAAUUUAGAAAGUGCACUGGAAGAAUGGUCUGAAAUCUUAAACACACUGGACAUGCUAGUCCAGGAUUUUGAGAACUUGAAAGGACUUUCAUGAAACAUCUGUGCUUGAAAAUUAGAUUGAGUUCCAUAUGCUUUCUAGUAGGAUACCUCUGCUCCAUAAGCAAUUGCCAGGCCAACCUCUCGAAGAAUACUCACUGUUUAAAUC